AUGGACUCGCGACGCGUCUCUCUGCCGGCCUCGCUCGCCGUCUCUCAUCCCUACUUCUCGACUUAUCAUCAUCAUCAACGCCAGGGAGCCAACUCGUCGGCGUCGUCGAGCACCGCCUCCACUUCGGUCAACAUCGCCAACAGUACCAUGCUGCUGUCGCCCAACUUUUCGCCGAGUCCGUGUCCGAGAAGGUAAAUGCAAAUAGCUUCAAAUCCUUAAAGUUGAAAACAACUCUACGCCAUUCGAUUCCUCGCAUCUUUUUGAUAAUGGGACCAAAAUUCAUGCAGAAUCAUAGUUUUCGUAUCAUUCUUCAUUUUGCGGAGAUCACGCCCCUAUUGUAAGUUCUAGAGAUCGUUGAAUUGUUGUCUUCUAAACGCUUUCUGUUUUCUGCUCCAAACGAGCGUUGAGCAUCCGGGCGAGCUGCAAUUUAAGCGCUCCAACGAACCGAACACACAUUCGGCGACCAGAGAUCGCCUGCUAUUCCUGGUCCCGUUCACUCAUACUGUAUUCCAGAUCUCUUCCGUCGACGCCGUUGCCGAACGGAGCCCGCCGCAGCCUGCCGGCAACCCCGCCGACACCCGCAUUCUCAUCAACCAGCGAGCAGGAGGAGUUUUUUGUGGUAAGCAUCUGAAAGUGCGAGUGCAGCUAUCAUGUCUCUUCGCUUUUGCAGAACGACGAACAAAAUGACGAGGAGCCGCCGGAGUUCGCGCCGCGCAGCACACGCCUACGAAGUUUCGACCUGCGCGACGGACACAUUCUCGACAAGGGAUUCCAGAAGAAGCCGAGCGAUAAGGACCUGCUGAGCGUCGGCGGAUUCGGCAGACGAGGGGGCGACAGCCGUCGUGCCACGUGUCCCGACAUCUUCCUGUUUGACUCGCAAAACAUGCUGAUGAAGCACGUCGUGCUGCGCAUCUACGGAGCACGCAACUGCGGAAAGAAGAGCCUCGCCAAUCGAAUCCAUCAUUUCGCGACGAGCAUGGCCCCAGAGAAAGUUGAUCGUAAGUGUUUGCUCUUUGCCAUUCGUCAAAGUGUCGCGUGGAAUGAAUGAAUGAAACAUUUCAGCCGACGAGAACGGAAACGACUACACGAGAAUGACGACGUUCUUGCUGAACGGAAGGGAAGUGACACUAGAGAUUCUGCUCGAGUCGACGCUCGAAAACUCGCCGUUCCAACAGUCCAAGACCCUUUACAUUGUCAUGUACAAUGUCGACAACAAAGCCUCGUUCGUCUACGCCACACAGAUUUUAGAGAGGUUAGGAAGCGCUGAACUUUAUCACGUUUCACCAAAAUAAUCCAAGUUUUCAGAAUCACUCUUGCCAACCUGAACAACCCGGUACCUCUCCAAGUAUUCUUGAUUGGUAACAAGUGCGAUCUGAAGAGAAAUCAAGUGAUUUCGACGAACGAGGCGAAGGCAGCCGCACGACACUUCAAAUGCGACUUUCUCGAAGUUUCGGCGCUUCUAGGAAUGAACACCGAAGAGACGUGGACCAUGAUUCUCAGGGAAUUACAAGUACGGGUUUAUCACAGGUGUAAUCACAGAAUAAUCACAGAAUUCUACAGGAACCAUCGGAACGUCGCCGUCCGUCUUGGGUGGAACGUCUUCUGAAUAG